AUGAAACUAGAGCUCAGACCAGGACAGAGGGUCUGGGUGAAAAACACCAACAGCUCGGGGAUUAUCAGCAGCCCAGCCAACACCCCACGGUCCUACAACAUCGACCUGCCGACGGGACGUCUCAGGAGAAACAGAUCUCACAUCACAGUGAUUCCUGAGGGCACCACAGUCACCAGAUACACCAAAAUGAAAACCGCCACCAACAUCUACAUCUUUAACCUGGCUCUGGCCGACGCCUUGGUCACCAGCACGUUGCCGUUCCAGAGCGUGAACUAUCUGAUGGGAACGUGGCCGUUUGGAGACGUCCUGUGUAAGAUGGUGAUGUCCAUCGACUACUACAACAUGUUUACGUCCAUCUUCACCCUGACCACCAUGAGCAUCGACCGCUACGUCGCCGUGUGCCACCCGGUCAAAGCACUGGACUUCAGGACGCCUCGAAAUGCCAAGAUUGUCAACAUCUGCAACUGGAUUCUGUCCUCUGCUAUCGGUUUGCCUGUUAUGUUCAAGGCCAGGACCCUCCCCACAUCCAAGGACAGUGUGGACUGUGCCCUGGAGUUCCCCCACCCGUCCUGGUACUGGGACACCCUGAUGAAGAUCUGCGUCUUCAUCUUCGCCUUCAUCAUGCCCGUCCUCAUCAUCACUGUGUGCUACGGGCUCAUGAUCCUGCGCCUGAAGAGCGUCCGCAUGCUCUCCGGCUCUCAAGAGAAGGACAGGAACUUGCGUCGGAUCACACGCAUGGUCCUGGUGGUGGUGGCGGUCUUCAUCGUUUGCUGGACUCCCAUUCACAUCUUUGUCAUCAUCACUGCUCUUGUGAACAUCCCCAGCUCCACUCUGCAGUCCAUCACAUGGCACUUCUGCAUCGCCUUAGGAUACACAAACAGCAGUCUGAAUCCAGUGCUCUAUGGAUACCUCGACGAGAACUUCAAGAGGUGUUUCCGAGAGUUUUGCACUCCCAGUCCGUCUGUGCUGGAGAUGCAGAACUCCUCCCGCACUGGAGCAAACAGCCGCAAGAUCCCCCAGCGCGAUCACCACACCGCCAACACCGGGGACAGGUCCAAUCAGCAGGUAUGA